ACUAUUCUGAAUAAAGAAGAGUGGUGGGUAAUUCCUCCUGACAUGUCAUAUUUAAUUCAUAAGCUCUCCUACACUGGCUUUUGCUUUUAGUUUGGCUUAGUUUUUGCAUUCGUCCAAGGCUGUAUUGCUUUUAGGCUUUAUUUGUUAUUAAUUUUAGUGUCCCACUAGUUUGUCUAAAAAUGCAGUCUGCAUUUGCCUCAUCUAGGACAGGUGGCAGUUGUAAUGAUUCCCAUUAUGCAGCUGGAUUCUGUGUGGAAAAAAAUAUUAACCUUUCAUUCAUCAGGAGGUGCUCCGCUCCAGUCGGUUUAAUAAUUCCUGCUGGCAUUCAUGAGAAGUCAUUUGCACAGACAUGGAUAAAUAUGAGAGAUUGAAGAAAAUUGGGGAGGGAUCCUUUGGGAAAGCCAUCCUGGUCAAGUCAAGGACAGACAGCCGACAAUAUGUUAUCAAGGAGAUUGGCAUCUCCAGGAUGUCGAACAGAGAAAGGCAAGAAUCACGCAGAGAGGUGGCAGUUCUGGCUAACAUGAGCCAUCCAAACAUCGUCCAGUACAAGGAGUCCUUUGAAGAGAGUGGUUGUUUGUACAUAGUAAUGGACUACUGUGAGGGAGGAGACCUGUUUAAGAAGAUCAAUAAUCAGAGAGGGACUCUAUUCUCUGAGGAACAGAUUCUUGACUGGUUUGUGCAGAUCUGCCUGGCUCUGAAGCAUGUACAUGACCGCAAAAUCCUACACAGGGACAUCAAAUCACAGAAUAUUUUUCUGACCAAAGAUGGUACCAUACAGCUGGGUGACUUUGGAAUCGCUAGAGUUUUGAACAGCACCGUGGAGUUGGCGAGGACAUGUAUUGGCACACCUUACUACCUGUCACCAGAGAUAUGUGAAAAUAAACCAUACAACAACAAGAGUGAUAUCUGGGCCCUGGGAUGCGUCCUGUAUGAAAUGUGCACGCUUAAGCAUGCAUUUGAGGCUGGAAACAUGAAGAACCUGGUGUUGAAAAUCAUCCGUGGUUCAUACCCGCCUGUUACCGUGCAUUACUCCCAAGACUUGCGCGCUCUCUUGGCCCAGCUGUUCAAGCGCAACCCCCGGGAGAGACCCUCCGUCUCAGCCAUUUUGGUCAAGCCUUUUCUUGCUCGCAGGAUUCACAAGUUUCUCAGCCCUCAGAUUAUUGCUCAGGAAUUCAGCCACUCACUUCACUUUAAUCAGCCUAAAAUGGGUGUGGCCCAGGGAGCACCAGCCAAACGCCCUGCCCCAGGCCCCAUCCCCAUCUCCCCAGCUCAGAAAAUCACCAAGCCAGCAGCCAAAUAUGGAGUGCCUUUAACAGUCCGAAGACCAUCUGAUGCCAUCAGGAAGGUCCCGGAUGCAGCAAAGAAACCAGUCAAACUCAAACAGGCUCCCCCUCCUGCAGCAGCUCAGAGGAGAGUGAGUCGAGUGGAGGAGGAGAGAAGGAAGCAUGAGGAAGGAGCGAGGAAGAAACGGAUGGAGAUGAUGGAGAGGGAAAGGAAGCAAAGAGAACAGGUGAGUUAUUGA